GGGAGAAGGUUGGUGUUGAGAGUGCAGCAGCCAAUCAGAGAGCAGCAGCAACAUUCAUAGUUUCCGAUGACUUCAGGCAGCAGUCGAGGAUCAGAGCAGGACUUCAACACUUUUCUGUGGCUGGCCUUCUUCACAAGAUGGUGCAGGGUCCAAUAAGUCGGAGCUGCCUCCUGCUGGCCUUCUGCUUCCCUGUGGUGACCUGGUCUUUGGACCUGGAGGUCCCGGGACAAGUGGACCAGCAGGACUGGGACGCUGGUUGGGGUUCAGGGUGGUCUCCCCCACACCUCCCCCCCGCAGACAGCCCCCAGGUGGCACCGCCCCCCCACUGCACGCAUCACUUCCUGCUGCCCUCCAGCUCCCACAGCUGCCGGGACAACAUGGCCGGUCCACAAGACCUGGCCAAAUCCCGCCAGCUGGUCCUGCAGAACAUGGUGGCCCUGCAGACCCUGGUCUCUUCCAGCGACCUGGACCAGGGCCAGCAGGCCAGGGAGGAAGUCCGCGCCAUCGUCACCGAGCACCAGACUGCCCUGGAGGCCAUGGGCAAGAUGGACCAGGUCUUUGUCUCUCUGGGAGACCAAAGGAGGGACUCCACCGAGCCAGGGGUGCUGACCAGCAUGAAGGACAAGAUGGCCGACACCAGGACUGCAGGACACGCCCGCCAGAUCACGGCCGCCAUUUUGGAGAAGAACUUGUCCAGGCUGGAGGAGACUCUGCUCGCCAUGCAGAGGAGGAUCCACAGCCUCCUCCUGAAUGACAUCACGGGGUCCACAACCUCCUCCUGAAUGACAUCACAGUGUCCACAACCUCCUCCUCCUGAGGUGACCUCACGGGGUCCACAACCUCCUCCUGAAUGACAUCACGGUGUCCACAACCUCCUCCUCCUGAGGUGACCUCACGGGGUCCACAACCUCCUCCUCCUGAGGUGACCUCACGGGGUCCACAACCUCCUCCUCCUGAAUGACAUCACGGUGUCCACAACCUCCUCCUCCUGAGGUGACCUCACGGGGUCCACAACCUCCUCCUCCUGAGGUGACCUCACGGGGUCCAC